CAGGGCCGAGCCGGGGCGAUGAGCGGGCCGGGGGCCGCGCUGCGGGGGUACAACGCGGAGCUGCGGGAGGGGCUGGCGGAGCUCCGCGCCCGGCGGGAGGAGCUGAGCGGGCGGAUCCGGCGGGAGGAGGCGGAGCGGAGCCGGCUGCAGGGCCGCAUCUGGGCGCUGACCGAGCGGCUGGCCGGCACCAGCGAGAGCCUGGCGCGGCACCUGGCCGCCCGCGGAGAGCUCGACAGGACCAUCGCGGAGGCCGAGGCAGCCUACGGCAAGAUUCUGGAGAGUUCCCAGACACUGCUAGAUGUCCUGAAGGGAGAAAUUGAAAAUGCUGGUAAAGCCAGUGAGCCACAAAGCACUUCAAAAGAAAAACAAGCACGUGAAGAAAAGCAUUCCUAAACUUGUUCUUCAACCUGUAAAGUCCUGUUGGUCUGUGACAGCUGCUGUUCUGGUACAGGAAUGACACACAUUUAUUAAAAGUAUUUGUUUUGCAGAAGUAAA